CCUUGAAAUUAGUUUUAUGUUUUCAUGUUCAGCUCCAUGGUUAUUGUGAUGUGCAUAAGUUUUUCAAUAUAUUGUACAUUACAAGAUAGCUACUUAUUCACCUUUUUCAGAUGUCCCCCUCUUAAGGAAAGACGACACUCUGGUAAGUUACUUUUAAGUAAUGGCAUUUACGAAGUAUCAUGUGGAUAUUGUAGCAUUCAUAGGACAACACAGUGUAAUAUAAGGGUGCAGAAAAUGAAUAAUCCUUAAUUUUCAGAUACAUGACACUUGCAGGUAAUAGUGGAGCUGAGCCUGAAUUGUGUGCAGUAGAGUCCUACUUCCCUGCAUAUCCAGUCUUUGUGUCACAAGACAGACAAGAAGAGAAAGGAGGAGAGGUGAGAACAGAUUUGUCUGUCUUGAGCUUGGAAAGCAAUUCAGAUGUGUUCACAAAACAAACUUAUAGGUUUGUGGAAAGCAGAUGUUGCCAGAAAAAGACACUUCACUCCAAAUGAUUAAUAAAUAGACAUCCUGAGCUUCUAAGACAUUCUUACUUUUCAGGAUUGAUUUAAAUGUUCUAUGAUUUUAUCCAUUUCCUUCCUUUUUCACCUCACUGUGUGUGUUUGGUAACAAGGAAAUCCAGGACUUGUUGCAUUCUUGUUGUACUCCAAAAGGCAGCGUUGAUCAGGUAAUGAAUUAUCCAAUAGGUUAUUCAAAGUGUAUUUUUCUAUUUCACUUCUACUCAUCACCAUGGUCCACCUUUCUUCCCUCCCCAGGCGAGUCCGAGCUCCAUGUUGGAGUCCUGGAUACACCAAGACAGCCAGGACAGCAUGGCAGACUGUCCACUUAGCACACAAGUAGCCCCCAGACGUUGUCCCUUCAUACCUGUUCCUAGUUCAGUGACAGCCAUUACCACAACGAUGAGCUCAACACUUUGUCCCGUGGUAUCUAGCCCCAUGACUAAUGGGACAAUUAGUUCUAUUUCCAGCCCUGUUGGUUCAGCCUGGGACACACUCAGGAGUCCUGACUGCUCUGACCAGGAUCUUGUCAGUGCUGCAGCCCAUCUGCACCUUUUGGGGGAAUCCUUGUCUCUGAUUGGGCAGCAUCUUCAGGUGACAAAUAAAUCGGUUUGUGUGUCCAGUAGCUUGUCUCUUCUCUUGGACUCUCUGCUGUGUGCGCUGCCUCCGCUCAUCUGCCUCACCUCACAGAUACCAGAGCUGAGGAGCUGCACACAACACACACUGUCUACUACUCUGGAAAACAUUUCCUAUGUGAUGCCGGGGUUAUGAGUGAUGAAGAUUCCUCUGGCUGUAUAUUGCUCCUUCUGAUAUGCUGAGUCUUUAGGUUAGUUUAUUCUAGGAAAAUAAUAAUAUCCAAACAAUAUUGGGUUGCAGUAAGAAUAUUAUUUUUGUGUUAAUAACAGAUAUGUACGUUUUCUUAAUUAUAUUGGCCAUUAAAAAGGUGUGUUCCAACAUUGAAUAAUUUAACUUUAUUUUUUCUUUUUCUGUAAUGUUUCAACACUGUCUGAGUCACUGGACACACUGAAAGUGACACUGUGGGGAGACGGUACACUUUUUUCUGGAUCACAGUGAAGUUGAUCAAACAAUCUCAUGAGUAAACAUGUUCUUAGAUUUAUAAUUAAAUGUAAUGUUAAUUUCAUAACACUCUGGCUAUAAAUCUUUCAUCACCAUCGCCUU